AGUUAAAUCACGUGCGUAAAUAAUCAUGGCGGAGGCAGUUAGGUUGAAGCCGUCAAGAAAUAAAACGAGAAAGAAACACCAUACAAAAAAGGAGAAUAUGACCAUUGACCAGCUAUCAGACAAACAUGGGGAAUUGGAAGGACAAGAAAUUUCAAAUGUGGGAUUCCAAGAGAAAACUUCCCAGCUAACACCAGAAUUAUCUGAAGUGGAAGUUCCAACUUCAGUAAGUACAGUUCUACUUUCUGAUCCUGUAGUUACGGCUGAAUAUACCAAGACAUGUGAUAUUACUCAAGUAGAAAAGACAAAGUCAGUGUGUGAUGAAUUUUCUGCACAGGUGCAAUCUGCACCUCUGGAAAUAGAAAUUAUAGACAAAAUGGUAACAUCCACUGAAGCUGCUUUCAGAUUAUCAUCAGAAACAGCCAAUGCCCCUGUACCAACAAUGUCUAGAGAGAUUGAAACAGAUUUUGAUGUCACUGAAACAGAAGUAAAACCAGAACCACCACUUACGGAAGAAACUACAACAGAACCAGUAGCUAGUAUUCAUUCUGGUAAAAUAGAAGCUCAGCUACCAGUAAUUGAUUUAUCACAUCAAGAAGUAACAGCAUCAUCUCUCGCUGAACUUUCAAAAGAGAGAGAGCCAGAGGAACAAGUUAUUGAUACUACUCAAUCAGAACUAGCAGCAGUGGUUGAACAGACAUUAAAUGAGAUUUUAGUAAAGGUAGAAUCUCAGGCUUCAGUUAAGGAUACUAUUCAGUCAGAACUAACAACAGAAGUUGAGUCACAGUUUUGUGAAUCGUCCACUCAAGUGCAGACUCACGUAGAAACAGAUGAUAUUGUACAACCAGUUCAAACAUCUGUGAGUAAGUCAAAGGUAGAUGUGGAGCUUAAAUCUUCAACAAUUCAAGAUUUAGAACAUGCAGCUUACCUAACAGAGAAAAGUUGUGAUAAAGUUACAUUAAAGAAAGAAAUGAGACGGCCAAAAGUCUCCCAUCGGUUUUUGUAUCCACAUCUCACGGAGGAGGUUAAAGAGUUAGAAUAUAUUCGUCCAUACACUGAGAGUCAGUUAUUAUGUUUCUAUCAGAACCUUGAGCUACAAAAGAAUGAUGCCUUCAUUGAAGACUUUAUACAGAGCAACAGGAAUGUUGAAUGUCAUGAGUUCUAUGAGCUUCUUUUGGGAUAUUUCCGUGCACGUUGUAAUCUGAUCAACACGUCAGAAGAGGUGUCAGAACUACAGAAGAAGUAUGGCCAUCAGAGAGAGAGACUUUGGAGCAUGAUACAUGAAACUGCCUCCAGAAAGGGACAGUGUGCUGACAAGAAGAAUGUAACAGGUGUACAUAGUUUUGUGUCAGCCAAAUAUAACAGUGAUGUAGGAGCAGCUGUUGAGGAAAUACUGAGAGAAUUACGAGAGACCAUCCAGGAAAUAUACACGUUAUAUGCAUAUUCUGCUCAGAUGUCAAGGAUCCAGGUAGACAGCUACAUUUUCAACUUGAUCUCUUUAUCACCUGUUUUAAAGGACAUACCCAGCAAUGCUCCAGUUUCAGGCUUUUCACCUGAAACACUAAAUCCUGCAUGGAAACAGCAAAUCAACAGUCUUAAAAUCUGUAUAAGCAUCCUGUUUAUGUUUCAGCGAAGGCAGUGUAAAGACACACAGUUUGUUGAAGAUACCCGUUAUUGGCUAACUUCAUUGGUUGCCAUAUUACUUCGUGUAUCAACUUUUGAUGACCAUCUGUUUCUUUUGAACCACAUUCUUCGAUGUCCUCCAGGUACAGGCCAUUGGGCAGCUUCAUAUAUCCAACCUAUUAAUCUAUCAAACUGGUCCUUUUUUGAGGAGACUGAGUUUGGAUCAUUGUAUUUAGAUCAUGUGGUCACAACAUUGGCUACGCUGUUAUUCCCAGUGAAGGCUCGAAUGGAUUUUCUUCUUCGUUUGAAAUCAUCAAAGGAUAAUGAUUCAGCUGUGGUGGAUCCUGUAAAAGACAGUGUGUGGGUGCUAGUUGAUUCAGAGGGUGAAGAGGAUGAAGACCAAGAAAAUCAGUGGUUUCACUGGCUGGAGAAUGAUAUUGUAGCUUUCUUGAAUCAGAUACCCAUUGCUACUCUAUUUCGUCAUAUUUUGCUUAUUGAAGCGAGAGAAGUAGAUGUUGAUCAUUACGAUAUCCGAUGUACCACUCCAAAUGGUAUGCUAAAAAUUCUGGCAUUCUCCACGCAACUUCUGAACAUUUUCCGAGAAGGUUUAAAAAACUUCCACUUGAGACGUUACCGACAACUGACUAAACGAAUCAGCAGGCUUAUUAGACAUACAAUCCAAUAUGUAUCUGAUCAUUGGUUAAACUUCAGGGAGUCCAAUCUACUUACUGAUCAGGCUCUUAUGUUACGCCUUCAAGUGGAGUUUGAUCAGUUUUUCUUACGGGCAGUUAACUGUAUCUUUUCAUCUCAGUGCCUAGGGGCUUGGCAGUUUAUGGCAGUUUUACCAUACACAUGUGUAUCAGCUCCAAUGAUGUGGAGGCUUCUGUGGCUGUUGCACAAUAAUUAUCAGGAAGAACAAGUAGUAGCAGCAUAUGACGAGGAAAACUGGAAAGCUAGAGUUGAAGACAAAUCUUUGAGAUCUUUAUUUGAAGACAACCUCCGAGACAUGGAAGAAUCUGAAGCUUUUUAUCUUCUCACAGCUUUCGCCAAUAUGGCAGCUUCCCGCAGUGAAAAGGAAAUGAGUUUUGUUGAAACUGUAGCUAUAGAAAUCUUUGAGAUAUCAUUUGUGAACCAAGAACUUAGAGAAAUGUUGUGUAAAGAAGGGCGCGACCUUUUGGCCUCACUAAGUCAGAAACAUCCAGCAGUUGUCUCUUCUUUGUUGUCAGAAGUUCAAGAACACUUUGAUAGUUUGGGCACGAUGGCACUCUACCUUUUCCGAGUACUGUCUCUAAAACAGUGGCAACCACUGGACCAAGAUCUGGAUGUAAUUUCCAACUGGUUGAUAUCAAAUCCUCUCUCCAGUCCACAGAACCAACUUGCAAGGGUCAUCUUAUGUUCUCUGAACUGGGGUCCAAACCAACAGGGUACAGAUCUGUACCUCAGUAAAGACAUUCACAGACGAGUGGCUCUUUCUGUGGUUGAGGCUUACAGCAAGUAUGGAGUAAGAUGGGAAAAAGGAGGACUAGUCCAUCAGAGUUUUCAACAGCUGACCCAACUGAUAACCAUGAGUGCUACUGCAGCAAUGACUACAACAGAGCAGGGGUUUACUGUUUGGGCAUGGGACUUACUUUUAACUCUUAGGCUUCACUUGUGUGACAGUCCAAAGACCAACUGGAGGGAUGUGAUAGAAUGGCGUGAUAUCAGCUUGCAGACUUUACCUGACUUACACCAAAGCUCCUGGCUACAUUCAUUACUACGAGCUGUGCAGGAUAAACAACCAGUUGCAUGUUACGUAGCUAUUGCUAUGACAACUGUUGGCCACAGCACUGAGGCUUUAUCUAAGGAUGGAUUCCGACUUCUUACUGCCCUUAUGUUAAGAGAACAGUACAUUCCAGCUAUCCAUGUCUUGUGUUGGAUAACACUAGUCUUUGUAAAGAAUAUAGGAGCUUUAAUGACUAACAAAAGUUUCCUGUCAGAUCUCCAGUAUGUUGUGACUGCUGAUGUCACGUAUAUGAGCAUGGCUAAAAACCUGGUUUCCCCAGAAUUUCCGGGCACAGUACUGCAUCGAGUAGCUGCUAUGUUGGUGUACCAACUACAUACUGUUAGACAACAAGCAAGUGAUUUGGCAGAGAAAGUUUUGAAGUUAUGGCUUCAAGUUCUGAGUCAACUCCCAGACAUUGGUAAUGAGAAAGGAGGACUGUUUGGUAAACUUAAAGGACAAGACUCUGUGUUUUUUCUGUUAGAUGUGAUCACUAAAGUAGCCUUUCUGGACCAGUCACUUUUACAUUCACUUAUGAACACCAUAAAAGAAAUUUCUAAGGCUCCAGAGAAGAUUCUUGAAGAGCCAGUAACUCCAGUGUCAUCAGGUGGUGUAUUUUCAUCAUUAGCAUCAUUUAUUUCAAGUGGUGGAGGAAAUAAAUGGCCAUCACUCCUUCCACUGAACCCCCUCCCAAAAUUUCCAUGGUUUGCAUGGAGCGUCUUGUGUGUUGAAACUAACGAAUCAUCAUCUUCAUCAUUAUGGAAGGGGAUUCUACAAGAACUGGAAAGAAAUCCUGAGCAAGCAACUACUGUGGCCAUCAAGAAAGUGGCCACUGCACUAAAACUUCCCAUUCCACCGAUUGACCAGUUACCUAUUUACCGAUGGGCUCAACAAGCAGUAAGCACACCAUUGGACAGUCCUAUUUUGCCACUUCUUUGGCAGAAGUUUUUUACCUUUUACCUCCAAAGAGUUCCCAGAGAAAGAGGAGCUCCAGUUAGAGGUAGCCUUGGGAACAGAUUUUUUGACAUGGGCUACUUUAGUGUUUUGAAGAAGUUGAAAAGAAGGUUGAACGAGACAGCUGACUGGUAUCAUAAAAAAUAUGAAGAAGCUGUGAUUAUCCUCGAAAAGCUGGAAAAUGUGGAAAUUGAUUCUGAUGAAGAAGUUUUUGCAAAUGAUGACAGUCGUGCCAAACUAAGAGAAAAGAAAUUAGCAGAAGUAGUCCACAAUGACAAGUUGAUGAGGUUAUAUCGUACGUUCAGCCUUUGGCUUGAGGAACCAAGACUCCACGACCCCAAACUUUGCAUUCCAGCUCUUCCCCCUCAAUACAACCCUGACUUGUUGAACAUUAUUUUACAGGAUAACCAGGAAUCAUGGUUGGAGUAUAUUAACAGGGAAGAAGUCCAGAAAGACAUAGAUGAUUUGAAACUUCUCUGGGAAACAGAGAAGAAGUCUCUUCACUAUCAAAUUAUGUCUAGUGGCAGAUCUCAUGCUCAGGAAGAUGAUUCAGCAACAGCCCGUAUCUUGAGUCGACUUCGUUCCUAUGAUGAUCCUUUACCCCCACCAAUUAUUCCUAAAUUGAAGCCACCUGUUCCUCAAGUGACAGAUGGAAUGUUUCAGAAUGAUGAUAUACUAGAAACAGCAGUGAAAACUGAUCUGAAAAUUUUUUGUGACCAGGCUCGGAAUUUUGCUUGUCAAAGCUCCAAAUUACUGGCUCUUGACUGUACAUAUCUUGAGUUGGUUCCUCAGCUAUAUAGAAAUGAGGAUGCUGAGGUUGUUCUGCAUGUAGCUUGUGAAGAGCAUGGGAAAUGUUCUGGUCCAGCUUCCAUUAGGAUACAGUUUUGUGAAGCAAAACUCCUUGGAAGGUUUCAAUAUGAAAUGGAGAUCAAUCGCAGUGAGGAGUUUGAUCUCUUAACCAAAAUGUUACAGCCUCCACCCAAGAAUGUCUGCACUGUGGCAGUGCAUGCAGAAAACUGUAUCACAAUGUUACUGAGAAAAUGGCAAGAAGUUAAAAAUGGCCAAGACCACAACAGACAAGAGAUGCUUCGGAAGAUAGGAGUUUCUCUUUUUUAUCACCAAAUGUCCUUGAUUGACAAUGUGACUUGCCAAUACCCUCCAACGAAGCAGUUUUUCACUUCAUGUCUGGAUGUCUUAGGACAGGGAUUUAUUGUGAAUGAUGGAAAGCAGUGUUUACACUUACUGAAAGCCAUCCUUACAGAACCAACAUUGGUAGGCUUAGUUGCAACAUUCUUCAGCCCACGGUUGGCAUCUUCAGAUACAUAUAUUCACAUGUAUGAUCUUUUAGCUAACAGCCUUACAACAAAAAGUGUUAACACAUGUUUUGUGUUAUUGAGUAAGUUUGACCUUCCUGCCUGGUUGUCAUGCUGUAAGAGAAAGUUAUCAGAACGUUCAGGCCUCAUUACAAUCAUCGGAAAAGCCUUGGCUGUCAUUGGUAGCUGUCCUGAUGAACAGAUGUUGCUACUCUUUGAUCUGUAUAGACACCACCUGAGGCUUCUGACAAUGUACCAAUUUCCUGAUCAUUAUGGAGAUGUGAUCCAACUUCUUCUGAAAGGAAUGGAUACCCACACCUUAAGUUUAGAUGUUUGGUAUGAUUUUCUGCUGUCAUUAGGUGUGACGAUUAAGCCAGGAGAAAGAAAUACUACUGUUUUGGGUCUGGCUAUAAAAGAGUAUGCUUAUAACCAGAAGCUAUUUCCAAAAAGUCAACUUCAAGACACUCUACUUGAACUAGGAAAGUAUUUUUGGGAGAAACGUCAACAACUGAAGAAACAAGGACUCUAUAGCAAGUAUCAAAAAUACAUAGUUCCUUUGUCUACAUUUCUGGGAGUGAUAUGUGAAGCUCGAGUUGUGGCUGAAGCUACUCGUAGCAAUCAGAACACUGUUGAAAAAGUUGUGCAAGAUACGUGGAAAGAACUAUAUCAUGUUUUUCAGCCAUGGAUCCAUCCUUUCAUGGUGGAUGGAAAGUUCUGGUUACCAUGGUUACCUGGGGAUACGGAAUCAGCUAGCCUAGUGUUUCAAACGUUUGUAUCUUCUCUGAGCUGUCUUCAUGAAUGGGCAAAAGGAGCAAACAUCUAUAAGGUUCAUUCCUAUGUUUGGGAGUACUACAUAACCACAUUUGCUCACAAGACCUUAAAAGAAACCAUUCUUAAUGUGUGUCACAUGGCUUUGAGUGAGUUAACAUGGUCAGAGUUUUUUCCCACACCAAAAGAUGUUGAACUGAUGAGCAAGAUUGUACAAGAUGAAGUAACUGAAUGUGUGCCCUUUCUGAGAGGUAUUUUUCUACAAGUCUCAUGGUCAAAUGUGGUUCAGCAUUUGAUUAACACUGAGUCACAGGAAAUUAUGACUGUAGUCCUGAAUGAAUUUGCACAUCUUGUUUUCAGACUUUUCUGGGAGCCCCACAUUUUUGAUGUUCAUGCCAUGAAGCUCUUGUUAGUACAGGCUGAAAGUUAUCCUUGGCAUAUUCUUGAUUCCCAAGCUGUUUGUGGAAUCAUUGAGAGGGCAUUUAAAUACAUGGAUCCAAGAACAAUAAUGAUGUCAGUGGAAAAGGAACAACCAUCAGAAAUUCAGUUCUUAGCCCUCAGUUUAGUGAAAAUCAUUUGUGGUGUUGCAAAAAUCAAACAUAAUGAGGAAACCAGAGAGCUUGUCAGCAAGAGAGUUCUCUACAUCAGAAAUUGUGUGGACCUUGUCAACAAGUACGCCUCAAAGAAUUCCAAGCUACUACAGAAAAACCCUGAUAUUUUCUGUAACUUUGUAUCUGGAUUAUUCACAGAAACUGAGUCCAUAGCAUCAACAGGCUCUGUCCCAUCGAACCUGUUCUCUGAAGCUGUCGAAAUGAUCACGGAAUGUCUUGGUAUCCUCAACAACUGUCCUUUACCUCUUGUGCAGGAGUUAGCUCUGAACAGUUUGCUAUCAUGGAUUAAGAAUAACUCCAAAAGUGUUCUAAUUUUACCACUUCUUCAUUCAGCGUGUCGCCUGGCCUCAGUUUCACACCUUGUGUCAGUUAUUGAAACCUGUAUAACCUCAUUCUUUUUCAGCUCCCCAGAAAUGCUACCUCCAGAUGGUGGCUGGUCCCAGAUAGUGUCAUUUCUUCAUGUCCCUCAGUUGACCUUAAGGGAUUUUCUGUCUACAUGUGUGGCAGAAAAUGCCCACUUAACACUGUUUGCCUACCAACUUCAGAGGCUUCCUCAUUGCCAGAGUAUCCAGGAAGAACAGCGUAUGUUGGAACAGUUGGUGGACUGGUGUGGACAGGCCAAGCCUAGUGAACAAAAUGAGCCAAAAGUACUGCUACUGUGGGAUCAAGUAAUUAACCUGGCUAUUCGACAGAUAGACUAUGGUGGAAAUGUCAAGUUUGUAGGAAGGUUUCUGGCCAACUUCUCCACAAGUCUUCUGGUUCUUGGAGAGGACAGAUCAUCCACAGGGAUUUUAGGAGUUGUAGGAUUUGGAAGAAAAUCAUCUUUUUCUUUGAGGUAUCGUUUUAUGUGUCGCACACUGGCUGUGUUUCUUCUACUACAGUUACCUGUAAAUGCACCCAUUCGACUCACAGAGUAUGCUCCAGGUCACCCUCGACUUCCACCAGGUAAUGGUGGUAAACCCUCCAGUCAAGCAGCAAACUCUCUCUCUCUGCUCGAAGGUUUGCGUAACAACAAACAGUAUCUUCCAGUGAAAGCAGAGCUUAACAUGAUGGUUAGCUUUAUUCUUGAUGCAAAGAAUAACCUACGUGACGGAACUCUACUGAUUAAGCAGCUGGCUGCUUCAUUUUACCCUAAUUUGUCAUAUUUAAAAAUUAUUAAAUAACUUGUAAAAUUAGUUGUAAGUAUUUCAUAUAUACACCUUGUUGUAAUUAUCAAAAUGCUCUUUUUAUGCAAGUAUGAUGCUCUAAGCCCUGGUUAUGUAAUUAAAUUUUUAAACUGAAUGCGAAGCACUCCAUAAAUAUAUAUAUAUAUAUAUGUAUGUAUGUCAAAAACAUAGCUUUAUGGGGUCCUAACUUUAAAAGAAAUCCAGUUAUUAUACUUUUUUUUUGGUUGAAAGUACACAACUUCUUUCCAACUAAAAGCUUAUCUAUCCUCAAACAACUCCAUUUUGUUUACACAAGUUUUUAUAAUGAUAAGAUUUAAUUGCUUCUCUUGUAAUAUUUUCCAGUAUUAUUUAGUUAUGUUGUAACAAGUAAAACUGUAAAUUUUAACCAUUAAUAAUUCAUUAUCUAAAUCUUUUACCUGAUGUUUUACGUAAAGAAAUAGUAAGUCUCCCAUCAUGUUGGCUUGCAGGUGUUAAUCAUUGAAAUUUUAAAUCGGAGCAUGAUUAAGUUUGAGAUAAUUAGUAGUAUGAAAUAAUAAUAAUAUAUUAGCCUUUCC